AUGGAGCAGCAACCCCCACCAUGCACCAACGAUGACCACCACACCGCCGGUGGAUUCUCUCCGAAACACAGAGGGAGCACGCGCCACCCCGUCUACCGCGGCGUACGGAAGCGGCGAUGGGGGAAAUGGGUAUCAGAAAUCAGAGAACCGAAGAAGAAGACCCGAAUAUGGCUCGGGUCAUUCCCCGCACCGGAAAUGGCAGCCAGAGCAUACGACGUCGCAGCUUACUGCCUGAAAGGACAAAAAGCUCAGCUCAACUUUCCCCAAGAAAUCGAUCACUUGCCCCGCCCCUCCACCAGCACCGCAAGAGAUAUUCAAGCAGCCGCCUCUCUCGCAGCCAAUAUGGUGGCGGAGGAGAAAUCCACCGAUGUACACAGGGGCGGCGAAGGAGAUGAUGAUUUCUGGGCGGAGAUAGAGCUGCCGGAGUUGAUGGACAAUAAUAAUAAUAAUGAGUAUAUUUCGGAGGUAUGGUGUUGGAGUUGUUCUAAUCCUGGUGAUGCCACGUCCAUCGAUAUCGGGGACCAAAUUGUUUAAUUAAUUACUUUUUCAUUUAUAUUUUUAAAAUAUUCGUUGCAGCGCA